UAUAACUACAACCUACUAAACGACUAAUAAUAUAAAUUACAAUUAUGAUAACAAAUUCAUCAUCAGCAGAUAGUGCUGUUACAUUGUUCCAAUAAGGGCGUGCUCCAUGGGGUCUACCGCUUCAAGCUCCGCCUCCAAUGACAGAGCUCAAUACGCCGUCCUCAUUCAUACCGGUUAGAAUACACAGACACGGCAUACACGGGACGCGGCUGCGCCCUAUCCCAGACGGUUUGUUUUGACGUCUUUUAAAUCCAGUUAACAACUGCUUUUUUUACUGGGCCGUUAAUAGGAAUUCGUGGUUUACCUGGUCUGGAUUCCCGUUUUGAGAAGAAAGAGUGCGGAUGGAACUUCUUUCAUCUUGACGUCAGCUCGGGAGUGGAAGUCAUCUGGAAUUACAUAUUCCGCCUCAGCGCUACUGUGGUACCUGGAAUCUAAGAUUAGAAGAGUUUUGUGGAGGAUAAUUUAUUUUAAAUGGAUUCUUUCUUCGUAAAGGGGGCCCUUGUCUGGCUGCGGGACAAAGAUCAGCUCCUUCCUGCUACUGUCAGCUCCUGUUACCACGACGACGGAUCCCUGGUCCUCACCACCAACUAUGAGAAGGUGAUGUACCUGCAGCAGGGGGAGCUGAGCAGAGACAAGGUGUUUCCUAUGCACCCCACCAGUAUUAAUGGAGUAGAGGACAUGUCUACUCUGGCAGAACUACAUGAAGCUGCCAUCAUGUACAACCUUUACCUGCGCUACCAGAAGGACUGCAUCUAUACCAACAUAGGGUCAAUCCUGGCAGCUGUGAACCCCUACAAGCAGAUCCCAGGUCUGUAUGACCCAGCAGCAGUAGACCUGUAUAGUAGACACCACCUGGGAGAGCUGCCCCCUCAUAUCUUCGCUGUGGCCAACGAGUGUUACCGCUGUCUCUGGAAGAGACACGACAGCCAGUGUGUUCUCAUCAGUGGAGAGUCAGGAGCAGGGAAGACAGAGAGUACCAAGCUGCUGCUCCAGUUUCUGUCUGUGAUGUCACAGAAGUCUGCCGGGACAGCCCCCUCUGAGAGGAGCACCCGCGUGGAACAGGCCAUCGUUCAGAGCAGCCCCAUCAUGGAGGCGUUUGGGAAUGCCAAGACGGUGUACAACAACAACUCUUCCCGCUUUGGGAAGUUUAUCCAGCUCCACUUCUCCCAGAGUGGGAACAUCCAGGGAGGCUGUAUCAUCGACUAUUUACUUGAAAAGAACCGUGUGGUGAGGCAGAACCCUGGAGAGAGGAACUAUCAUAUCUUCUAUGCUCUGCUGGCCGGGGCAGACAAGAACCACAGAGAGUUGUACUUCCUGUCUGAGGGCCCAGAGUCAUACCACUACCUGAGUCAGUCUGGCUGUGUGAAGGACAGGAGUCUAGAUGACCUGCAGCUCUAUGACAGUGUUAUGGAGGCUCUAAAGGUGAUGCAGUUCAGUGAGGAGGAGAUACGGGACGUCUUCAAGCUGCUGUCUGCUGUUCUCCUGAUGGGGAACAUAGAGUUCAUGACCGCAGGAGGAGCACAAAUCACAUCCAAAGGAGUGGUCAGUAAUGUCAGUGAUCUGCUGGGCCUGGACUCAUUCCAGCUGUCUGAGGUUCUGACCCAGAGGUCCAUGAUCCUGAGAGGAGAGGAGAUCUGUUCACCCCUUACUGUUGAACAGGCGGUGGACUCUCGGGACUCGGUUGCCAUGGCGUUGUACGCCCAGUCUUUCUCCUGGAUUAUCACACGGAUCAACCAGAAGGUCAGAGGGAAGGACAACUUCAAGUCCAUCGGCAUCCUCGACAUUUUCGGCUUCGAGAACUUUGAGGUGAACAGGUUUGAACAGUUCAACAUCAACUACGCCAAUGAGAAGCUCCAGGAAUACUUCAACAAACACAUCUUCUCCCUGGAACAGCUGGAGUACAACAGAGAGGGGAUCCAGUGGGAAGCUAUAGACUGGAAGGAGAAUGCAGAGUGUCUGGAUCUCAUCGAGAAGAAACUGGGCAUGUUGGCUCUGAUCAACGAGGAGAGUCGCUUCCCUAAAGGCACCGACUACACCCUGCUAGAGAAACUACACAGUAGACACGCUACUAACCACUACUACAUGAAGCCCAGAGUUACGGAUCACCAGUUUGGCAUCAAGCACUAUGCUGGAGAGGUUCUGUAUGACGUCAGAGGGAUCCUCCAGAAGAACAGAGACACCUUCAGAGAUGACAUCUUAAACAUGCUUAAAGACAGCAGGCUUGACUUCAUCUAUGACCUGUUUGAGCGUGUCGGAAGCAGGAACGGAGAGGAGACCCUGAAGAUGGGGACGGCCAGACGCAAACCCACCGUCAGCUCUCAGUUCAGGGACUCUCUCCAUUCCUUGAUGAACACUCUGAGUGCCUCCAACCCUUUCUUUGUGCGCUGCAUCAAACCCAACAUGAACAAGAACGCCAACAUGUUUGACCCAGAAGUGGUCCUGAACCAGCUGAGGUAUUCUGGGAUGUUGGAGACCGUGAAGAUCCGCAGGGCUGGGUUCCCUGUCCGCAGGACCUUUACAGACUUCUACAGCAGGUACAUGAUGAAAGACAACUGUCCGACAGAUGACCCGAGAGGGAGGUGUACAGAGCUGCUGAUGUCAUACGACCCUGCCAAGAGAGACUGGCAGUUGGGGAAGACUAAGGUGUUCCUGAAGGAAGAGCUGGAACACCGGCUGGAGAAGGAGAGGGAAGAGGUGCGGAGACAGGCGGGCAUGGUGAUCCGGGCACACAUACUCAGCUAUGUGGCAAGGAAGCACUAUAAGAGGGUCCUGACCAGCACCAUCAUCAUCCAGAAGAACUACAGGGCUCACUUCUGGAGACGUGUGUUCCUGCGGCUCCGCGCUGCAGCUGUCCUUCUCCAGAAACACCAACGUGGUCGGCUGGCCCGAGGCCUCUAUCGACAGCUCUCUGAGGAGAAAAGGAGGAGGGAGGAGGAGGAGAGGAGGAGGAGGGAGGAGGAGAGCAGGAGGCUGGAAGAGGAGACGAGACGAGAGCAGGAGGAACGGAGGAGGAGGGAGGAAGAGGAGGAGGAGCGGAGGAGGAGAGAGGAAGAAGAGCGGAGAAGGAGAGAGGAAGAGGAGGAGAGACAAAGGGUGUUAGAGCUGGAGGAGUUGAGGAAGAAGGAGGAGAGACUGAGACUACAACAGGAGCAUGAAGCACUGAGUAGAAAAGAGGAGGAGCUUAGCAACGGACAGGAAGAGAAGAAAAACACUACAGCUAACAACAGGAACUCCCUGAGGAUGGAGUAUCUUGCUCCCCAUGAGGAGGUGUACCACAAGGAGGUGUCCCUGUCCCACUCCCUGCACCCCCACACCUCCGAGGAGGAGUCCCGUCAGAUGGAGGAGAUCCUUCGGCUGGAGAAGGAGAUUGAGAGGCUGCAGCGCCAGAAGGAGGACGGGGUGUCCAUGUUAGGGGACGGCCUUGGAGGGAACGGGGAGGAGCUCCGGCAGAGGAGGGACGCAGAGAUCUACCGGCUGGAGAAGGAGGCGUCUCGCGUGGCUACAGAGUUCCUGGAGCUCCUGGACUUUGGGGGUCUGGAACAGAGUCUGUCCAGCGAGGAGAAUCUCCACGACCCCUCAGAGAGCACCGCUCCCCUGGCCCGGGCCGAGGAGGAGGUGGAGGAGGUGGAUGAGGGCUUCCAUGCUAAGGAGGAGUGUCCCGGUAGUGGUAUCCCCCUUCCUGACUUCCCUCUCCCUGCGGAGAUCCCUCUGGACCAGGAGCUCUUCUCCUCCCUCCCUCCUCCACCUCCGGCCUUCGCUGAGGGACUAGUAGCACAGGCCCUGGCCCUCUCAAAGGCCCCGUGUUGCCCCCCUGUUUACUACCCCCUCACCUCCUAUGGAUCUAGUGUCCCUACACACCACCCUGCUCCACCUCCUCUCCCUGCCCUCACCACCGGAGGAGGUAAAGCUUUGUGCCACCAACCCACCAGGAGAACAGAGGUGGCUCCAGACAUCAACAGAGUACCCAGAAGAUUUGAGGUUAUACCCAACAGACCCUGCGCCAGGGUAGAUGUUAUGCCCACCACAGUCCCUGAGGCUGUGCCAGUGAGAAGAGGAGACGUGGCUCCCUCUAGGGUAGACUUUAUGCCCACUGUGCCUGUCCCAGGAGCCAGGGAGGAGAUCUCCUUUAGCAUCCUACCAGACACAGAGUCAGACUGUGACCAGGAGGAGUUUGAGGAGGUGCAGGGGAGUACAGGCUCGGGAGACGGAGCCAGUAUCACGGACGGACAUGCUACUGAUGAGGAGGUGCUGAGGAAAUCAUCCUGUACUCAGAACAGCCUGGACUCCUUCAGAGGCAGCUCAGACUCUUUUAUCGACAGUGACACAAGCACCGAUGGUUAUGUGGACACAGACGAGGAGGUCUCCAAUGGAAGGGUCAAUAUACUGAACGGCUCUGGGCCUCCAUACUUUCACAGCUACCUCUACAUGAAGGGUGGACUGAUGAUCCCGUGGCGACGGAGGUGGUGUGUGUUGAAGGACGAAACCUUCAUGUGGUUCAGGGCUAAGCAGGACAGUCUGAAGAGUGGCUGGCUGUAUAAGAAGGGAGGUGGCAUGUCCACUCUGUCCAGACGGAACUGGAAGCUGCGCUGGUUCGUACUGAGAGACGAUAAACUCAUGUACUUUGAGAGCGACAGCGAGGAGAAACUGAGGGGGACCAUCGACAUCCGCUCCGCCAAGGACAUAGUAGAUAACCAUGCCAAGGAGAAUUCUCUGAACAUUGUGACUGAAGAGAGAACUUACCACAUCUACGCAGAGACUCCUGAAGAUGCCAGUGGCUGGUUCAACGUGCUGAGUCGUGUCCAGAGUGCCAGUCCAGACCAGCUGAUGGAGAUACAUCAUGAGCAGGCCAACCCCAAGAAUGCUGUGGGAACUGUGGAUGUUGGACUGAUCGACUCUGUGUGCGCGUCAGACAACCCUGACAGACCCAACUCGUUUGUCAUCAUCACUGCUAACCGCGUGAUCCACUGCAACACUGAGAUGCCUGAAGAGAUGCACCACUGGAUCGGCCUGCUGCAGAAACCUAAAGGAGACGCCAGGAUAGACGGACAGGACUUCCUGGUCAGAGGUUGGCUUCACAAGGAGAUAAGGGCUAAGAGCACUAGUCUGAAGCUGAAGAAGAGAUGGUUUGUAUUGACCUCUACCUCUCUGGACUACUACAAGUCUUCAGAGCGCAGUGUGUCCAAGCUGGGGACCCUGGUCCUCAACAGUCUCUGCUCUGUGGUCCAGCCCGACGAGAAGGUCUUCAAGGACACCGGUUACUGGAACAUUAUCGUCCACGGCCGUAAACACUCGUACCACCUCUACACCAAACUACUGAACGAGGCUAUGCGCUGGGCGUCGGCCAUACAGGGGGCUGUCGACAGCAAGGUUCCCAUAGAGACACCCACACAGCAACUCAUCAGGGACAUCAAGGAGAGCAGUAUGAACGUGGAGGCUGUAGAACAGACGUACUGGAGGAACCCUAUCCUCAGAUAUACCCAGCACCCCCUCCACUCCCCCCUGCUGCCUCUGCCUUACGGGGAGGUCAACAUCCACCUCCAAAAGGAGAAGGGUUAUGCCAGCCUGCAGGACGAGGCAGUGAAGAUCUUCAACUCUCUACAGGAGAUGGAGGCUGUGUCUGAUCCGGUCCCGAUCAUCCAGGGCAUCCUCCAGACCUGCCACGACCUGCGCCUGCUCCGAGACGAGGUCUACUGUCAGCUCAUCAAGCAGACCAAUCAUGUGCCACAGCCCAACAGCUCGGCCAAUUGUGCCCACUGGCACCUCCUCACCUGUAUGAGCUGUACCUUCCUGCCCAGCCGGGGCAUCCUGCGCUACCUCAAGUUCCACCUCAAAAGGGUGAAGGAGCAGUUUCCUGGAACAGAGGUGGACAUGUUUGCCCAUUUCAUAGGUGAGUCUCUGAAGAGGACCAAGGUCAGGGACUUUGUACCGUCUCAGGAGGAGAUCGUAGCCUUACUGACCAGGCAGGAAAUGACUACUACGGUCUACUGCCACGGAGGAGGAUCCUGCAAGAUCUCCAUCAACUCACACACCACCGCUGGAGAGGUGGUGGAGAAGUUGAUCCGAGGCCUGGCCAUGGAGGACAGUAGAAACAUGUUUUCCCUGUUUCAACACAACAACACUACGGACCGGGCUGUGGAGAGCAGAGUCAUCGUGGCUGACGUACUCGCCAAGUUUGAGAGGCUGUCAGGCAGUGAGGAAGUAGAGGAGGAGGGACAGUGGAAGCUCUACUUCAAACUCUACUGUUUCCUGGAUGUAGAGAGCAUGCCCAAGGAAGGGGUGGAGUUCGCUUUCAUGUUCGAACAGGCUCAUGAGUCUCUGACCAGCGGUCACCUCCCUGCCCCAGAAGACACCCUGCAGCACCUGGCCGCUCUCAGGCUCCAGUUCCUCCACGGAGACAAGGCCCGGGUCAGCUGGUCUCUGGACACCGUCUACCCUGUAGGCAGGCUCCGCGCACGCAUCCUGCACUUCACCAAGGUGGGCGCGGCCGGCGGGACGGGGCCAGGGGGCCACACCCUGGAGCGGAGGCGGACCAGCUUCCUGGAUGGGACCCUGCGCCGCAGCGGGCUGAAGACGGGCUCCAUGAAGAAACAGAAGAUGGAGGAGGAACAGAUGCUAGAGAUGUGGGUGAAGGAGGAGACCUCAGCCACCAGAACCUCCAUCUUAGAGAAGUGGUCCCGUCUCCAGGGACUGGACCAGCACACAGCCAUGCUCAAAUACAUGAACAUCAUCAAGGAGUGGCCUGGAUAUGGGUCCACACUGUUCGACGUGGAGUGUAAAGAAGGAGGCUUUCCUCAUGACCUGUGGCUGAGUGUGAGUGCAGAGAACGUGUCGGUCUACAAGAGAGGAGAACCCAAACCUCUGGAGACGUUCCCCUACGAACACAUCAUCUUCUUCGGAUCUCCCCAGGCCACUACUUAUAAAAUCACAGUGGACGACAGAGAGAUGUUCUUUGAGACACCUCUGGUUGGAGAGAUCACCAAGAUCAUGAAAGCCUACAUCAACAUGAUAGUGAAGAAGAGAUGCAGUGUCAGAUCUGUGUCCAGCUACGGAACCAACUGGAUCAGGUGAUUAGGGACAGGACAGGACACAGCCCAGCUUGCUUCCCACCACCCCAGGCUAACAGGACAGGACACAAACCAGUUGACCUCCCACUGCCCCAGGCUAACAGGACAGGACACAGACCAGUUGACCUCCCACUGCCCCAGGCUAACAGGACAGGACACAGCCCAGCUUGCUUCCCACUGCCCCAGGCUAACAGGACAGGACACAGACCAGUUGACCUCCCACUGCCCCAGGCUAACAGGACAGGACACAGACCAAUUGACUUCCCACCGCCCCAGGCUAACAGGACAGGACAUAGACCAGUUGACUUCCCACUGCCCCAGGCUAACAGGACAGGACACAGACCAGUUGACUUCCCACCGCCCCAGGCUAACAGGACAGGACACAGACCAGUUGACUUCCCACUGCCCCAGGCUAACAGGACAGGACACAGACCAGUUGACCUCCCACUGCCCCAGGCUAACAGGACAGGACACAGACCAGUUGACCUCCCACUCCCCCAGGCUAACAGGACAGGACACAGACCAGUUGACCUCCCACUGCCCCAGGCUAACAGGCUAAAAGGCUAACAGGAUAGGACAGGACACAGCCCAGCUGGCUUCCCCCACCCCAGGCUAACAGGCUCAAAGGCUAACAGGCUAACAGGAUAGGACAGGACAGUCCAGUUGGCUUCCCACCAUCCCAGGCUAACAGGCUAACAGGACAGGACACAGUCCAGUUGGCUUCCCACCAUCCCAGGCUAACAGGCUAACAGGACCGGACACAGUCCAGUUGGCUUCCCACCGCCGCAGGCUAACAGGCUAGGACAGGACACAGACCAGUUGACUUCCCACCGUCCCAGGCUAACAGGCUAAAAGGCUAACAGGACAGGACACAGUCCAGUUGGCUUCCCACCGCCCCAGGCUAACAGGUUAAAAGGCUCACAGGACAGGACACAGACCAGUUGGCUUCCCACCGCCCCAGGCUAACAAGCUAAAAGGCUCACAGGACAAGACACAGUCCAGUUGGCUUCCCACCGCCCCAGGCUAACAGGCUAAAAGGCUCACAGGACAGGACACAGUCCAGUUGGCUUCCCACCGCCCCAGGCUAAAAGGCUCACAGGACAGGACACAGUCCAGUUGGCUUCCCACCGCCCCAGGCUAACAGGCUAAAAGGCUCACAGGACAGGACACAGUCCAGUUGGCUUCCCACCGCCCCAGGCUAACAGGCUAAAAGGCUAACAGGCUAAAAGGCUAACACUACAAUGCUAAAAUUCUUUGAAGACAAGAGGGACUGUUCUCCUCAACCCAGAUGUCUGGAUAACUGAAGGCUGUUUAUCAACUACUCAAUAUCUUGUUCACCUCCAUUGACAACAAGGAAUCGUAGUCUCUCAUUGCAUAUAUAUGUGGUAAAGAUGUGGUAAAGAGGUCAAUGAAACGCGUGGGGGAAAGUUCCAGAUUCUCCUCAUUGCCCCCCAGCAUCAUUAGCCUACGUUUAGGCUAUUAUUUCACACUCUGUUGAGGUAGAAAUCGAAGUAUAAUGCUUGUAUUGAUGUCAACCCCAAUACAUGUUAAUUUUAUCGUCACCAAUCAGCUGCGUUAAAGUUGAAAACUACUUUGACUACCACUACCAAUUUCUGUAUGCUAGCUAUGCUACCAGCUUAUACGAAUGGGAGUUACUAUUUAGCAGUCACUUCUUCUAAAUCUGAAAAGGGACAACUUCUAAAUGUUAUGCAGUGAAAACAGCCAAAUAUAUCCAAAUCGGACUUAAAUUACCACAUUUUGAGCCUAUUGCAAUACAUCAAUUAUGACGGAUUUGACAAAUAUUAACUUUGUUAGAUCAGAUGUGUUUGAAUGUGCACCAAUCCAGCGUUGUCCUUCAAUCCCCCCCCCCCCCCCCCCCGUCUGCAUUCCAUUGACCUCUUUACCAGAACAUUCUAGAAUGUCUAAUUAAAAUGUCUACCUGCUUUCCCUCAACCAUUACAUAUAGCUUUUCUCUAGCUGUCGACAGAGUGGAUAACCAACCAUGUUAUUUUCUGACAUUAUUUACAUCACUUUAUCAAUGGUAUGGACCGAUCAAGUAUCACGUCACGUCAGAUGUCCUUUUGCUUCAAGUUUGAGCAUUUCAAAUACCUUUCCAAUGGACUGAGAUUUAUAUUGACUGAGAAGUGUCACUGUCAAGCCCUUCCUGACUAUAGCUCCCGGGUUGUGUCUUAUUUUGACAUUGCAAUUGUGUUAUUGUUAUUGUAACAUAUGAGUUGUUGAUGCACACAACUAUACCAUUCUAUAUUUAUAAUGAGAAGAAGUGAUUUGUCUCUCUAAGGAUAUACUAUGUGAUCAUUAUUGAUCCUCAGGGCAGUCAUUACUCAUUACAAUACUCUGUUUAGUAGCUACUCUAUGCCACAGAAUAGGGAAAUAAGGUUUAUAGACUUCCCCCUUGGGUUUGAUGAGCAAUAUGAGUCCAAUUUCAGACCACAGACCCAAAGAGUUGAACCUCUUUACAUUUUAAUGCCUUAAAUAGUUUCACUGCUUCCAUCCAUGUUGUUAUUUGACUACUUUGGACUGUAAGUAAUAGUUUCACUGCUUCCAUCCAUGUUGUUAUUUGACUACUUUGGACUGUAAGUAAUAGUUUCACUGCUUCCAUCCAUGUUGUUAUUUGACUACUUUGGACUGUAAGUAAUAGUUUCACUGCUUCCAUCCAUGUUGUUAUUCGACUACUUUGGACUGUAAGUAAUAGUUUCACUGCUUCCAUCCAUGUUGUUAUUCGACUACUUUGGACUGUAAGUAAUAGUUUCACUGCUUCCAUCCAUGUUGUUAUUCGACUACUUUGGACUGUAAGUAAUAGUUUCACUGCUUCCAUCCAUGUUGUUAUUCGACUACUUUGGACUGUAAGUAAUUGUUUUGCCUUUCAGGAAUGGCGUCCCCAAACAAGUGUAUGUCAGGGUUAAUAACUUGGUGGUUAUAAUCAGUUAUAACACAGGUGGUCGAGGCUGCCAUUCUACCCAGUGCCUGAGAAGCAGAGUUUAAACCACAUGGUUUCAAAUCUGGUGAAAUGACACUUGCCUUUUAUAUAUGACUAGAACAAACCAAUAUAUAUAUAUAUAUAUAUAUAUAUAUAUGACUAGAACAAACCAAUAUAUAGUAUGUUGCUUCUUCCUACUACUACAUGUAGAUUGUUUAUUUACACUAAAGGCUGUGGUUAAUAUAAACAUGUGCUUAUUUCUGUAAACCAUGAUUAUAGAAUUUAGUCUCCAGUAUUUUAAAUAAUUUAAACGGUUAUAUUUUCUAUUAUGAAAAUCAUUUAUUAUUAUUUUUUGUCUUUUCAAUGAUUGUGACUGAAACUGUUGUUUAAUGAGAGCGUGAUGUUUUGAUGAGACAAGCAGGACAUCGCUUGGUACUUCUGUUACUGAAGGAUGAAUUGUUAUUUGGGUCUUUAUGGGAGGGAGGGAGGGUGACAUUGUCUCACGUCAGAUGGGGUCACUCCUCCGCGAUGCUUGUACCUCAACCGGUCUUGUAGGACGUGGAACUCAUAUUCAAAUUUGAAUAUUGAGGAUCCGCCAUUCAACAAAUUAAAACAUAGUCCCUUAUUAUUAUUUUAUUUUUUACAUCACAGCGCUCUCGUAUGAUUCUCUGUGAAAUAGGCAAAAUAACUAGCUAGCUGAAUUAUUAAAAACGUUGUGACAGUGAUAAUGGUUUGCAAUUGUGAGAAAAUAAAAACAAACCUGCUCAAAUUCUGUGGCAGAACCGUUGGUCGCCAGGCAGUGACUUGAUCAGCUAUGUUGAUAUCUGUUGUAGCUCGCUAGCUUACUGACAUGGAAGAGCUAGCUGACUAGAAAGCUAACUGUCACUGACAUAUACAAGCUUGCUUAGCCUGUUUAAAUGACCCUGGAGUUGUAGACAUGCAGCCCCACAAUGAAUAGGAAGUAGCUGUUAACAGAAAUCAGUCCACAGAUCAGCAUGUUUCUCCGGAUCGUAUUGUUGGGUCAGCUGACUCGAGAGGCUCCUGCUUCAUGAAAACUCAUAAUAAUGGAAGCAUUAGCACUACUAGCUACAGUAGCUUGCUAGCUAGCUUUCGUUGGAAGAUUCACCAUUGUGUGUGCAGCACUAAGAAGGUAGCUGGUUGGUUAGUAGUGUCGUUUCAGUCCAGAUGAUUUCAGGGACUGGCUCAGCUGUUGGACAAAUGUAUGCUUUCGUGCCCAUUGUCAAACUUCAGAAAUGCUGCUCAUUGAAGCACAAUAAUAAUUUGCUAGCUGUAAAAAUGGGGCGACAAAGACUUCCUCACCAAAAAACAUCAACAUUAUUGACAUACUGUAUUUGUGGUUUUACCAUAGCUGAAUUCAGACAGUUCUGAGGCAGGAAUGAGGUUCAGCGAAUGAUGUCUCCUAGGUAAUAUAUGUUCUAACGUCGUGACAGCCAGUUGUAGCCGGGCUUCUUUUGAUCUAUCCCAUGAUCCUUUGCGAGAUACAAGACGGAUCAGUGCAGGCGGAAUCCACGUGCUAUCUGAUGGAAGACAAUGGGAGGCUGGGGUAUUUACUGUGUGUAAUUCUAAUAGUCAGGAUGAGAGUGUCAGUACUAUAAGCAGACACAGGCUGUUUCUCAGCUCUCUGUGUGUGCGUCUGAAUUGGCACCCUAUUCCUUAUAUAGUGCACUACUUUUGACAUGUUCCAAAUGGCACCCUAGUCCCUAUAUAGUGCACUACUUUAGACCGGGACCCAUAGAGAAUAGGGUGCCAUUAGGGAUGCCGCCCCUGUCUGUUUUUUCUGGCCAGCUGCCGGCAGCCACACCAGAACUACUGGUAUGUUCCCCUUGACCAUUACUGUACUUAUGACAUGUUUCUGUUUAUUUGGAGAGAGAGAGAAAGAGAAACAAUCUGGAAAUGAUUUUUUUUUGUAACUGGAUUUACAAGAUGCUUUAAUAAAUGAUUGUAUUUAUAACCUG